UUUAGAAUCAUUGAGGUGAGCAGACGACAAAUUCUAACCUUAAAUUUUGUUUACGUGGACAUUUGUUUGACAUUGUGCAAAUAAAAAAUUGUAUUAUUUAUUUUUUUAUUAUCAAUUAGUAGGUAGUAAUUUUUCUUUUGUUUUAACUCAACUUUUAUUAAAUACGAAACGAGAGAUUUGAUGGCUUUUUCCCAAACUAAUUCACGAGAACUGCAAAACAGGAAAAUUUUAGAAGAGUUACAAUUAAAAAAGCAGAUGUUACUAAAACAAGGUGUAACACCAAAUUUAGGUUCUUCUUUGACUGCUACAGCCGGUUCUGCAACAACUACUGUGCCGACAACACAGACCAGCGAUGGAGUGACAAUAAGCGCUUCGCAAAGAGCAGCGCUUCACAAUGCACAUUCAAAUUCAUAUGGGUUUUUUGUAACUCAAGAUUCUUCAUUUGGAAAUUUAAUAUUACCAGUGUUACCACGUUUUGACAACAACAAAUAAUUGCCUAUAAAAUAAAUUAUUAAAGGAAAAUAUUUUUGACAAUUUUCAAAAAAAUAUAUUUUUUUUUUACUAAACACACACACACACACAAAAGAAGAGAAAACAGAUUUUUUAAUACGAAAAAGAAAA